AUGAAGUUCCAUUACCUCUCGCUGGCGCUGGCUGCUUGCCUGAGCACCGCCGCUGCCCAGGGCUUGGAUAGCCUCCCCAGCUGUGCCAAAGGCUGUGCCACGGACGCUAUCCCCGACCACUGUGGAAUGAUUGAUGUCGGCUGUAUCUGCUCCGACAAAUCCUUUAUCUCGAGCAUCUCCUGUUGCGUGUCCAGCAAGUGCUCCGACGAUGAUCAGAAAUCCCGGCUUGUUCCAGCGGUCAUCCAGUUUGCAAACCAGAUCUGCAGUGGUGCUGGCGUGAAGGACCUGCCCAAGAGUGCCAGCUGUGCCAGUGGAGCAUCGUCUGCCACCGAAUCAUCCUCCGAGGCAUCCACCGGUUCCGCCUCGUCCACUGCAACGGGCCAAAGCAGUGAUGCCUCUACCACCGGCGCUUCUAAGGCCUCCGCCACCUCUGGUUCAAGCUCCUCCUCCGAGACUGCCAGCAGCACCGGAACCUCGACGGGCACGGCCGAGUCUGCGGCUACUAGUACGGCCGGUGCUGCACUCGUCCAAGGCAAAGACACCAGUCUGCUCGCUGCGGCUGGCGCUGCCCUCUUUGCGUUCCUAGCCUAA